GCUUCACAUUUCAGCUGCGCUUUCCUGUUUCCGCUCCCCGUUACCGCAGUGCAUCUGCUGUGUCCUUUUGCGGUCGGCUGUUUAACACGUUCUGCAUCUAAAAGGAAUUCAGACUGGGAGGGGGGAGUGUGAGAACCAUGCUGAGGUCCAGUAAGCUUUCUGGGGUUCUGUUGAUUGACAAAACAUGAAUGGACAAUCAGCAUAAAGCUCCGCCCCCUUUGCUGGUGAUGGCUUCUCAGUUCCACCGUGUUAUUCUUCCCUGUCCUGGGCAGCACACGCACCCACGUACGCACACCUUUUCCCUGGAUCCACCAUCCUGGGCUGAGAAGCCAGGAAAGAGGGCGGCAAAGGAACUGCUUGGACUUUUGAAUUUUGGGGAGCAUAGAGCUGAAUCUUCAGGAUGGCUAGAUACGUUAUUAUCCUUAGAAGCUUGGUCCUGUUGCAGGCGCUGUGCUUGGCCUUGGCUCAAGUGACAGGUCCACCCGGCCCCCAGGGCCCCCCUGGUCCCAGUGGCCCCGCAGGAACUCCUGGUGCCGACGGCAUUGAUGGUGAGAAGGGCCCUCCUGGACCCCCUGGCCCACCUGGUCAAAAGGGAGAAUCGGGUGAGCCUGGUCCUGAUGGAGCUCCAGGGGAGGAUGGUAUUGAUGGUUUGAUUGGGGCUAAAGGUGAGAGGGGCCCGCGGGGUAAUCCUGGACCAAAGGGUAAACAAGGGUCAAGUGGACUAUCAGGACCUGCUGGACUUGGACUGCCUGGACUUCCUGGAGCACCAGGCCCCAUCGGACUUCCGGGACAAAUUGGGCCUAUUGGAACAAAAGGUGUUAUGGGAAGUCCCGGAGCCCCAGGAUUACCCGGACCUUCAGGCAAGCCUGGUCCACCUGGAAAGUUUCUGGGUUUGGAGGAAGGCAGUGCAGACUUCCAGUGUCCAACCAACUGUCCACCUGGACCGAAGGGUCCUCAGGGACUACAGGGGGUGAAGGGACAUAAGGGUCGUGCCGGGGUAUUGGGAGAUCCAGGAAGGAUUGGAAAAACGGGUUCAAAGGGGAUUGUCGGAAUCUCCGGUGAACAAGGAAUACCAGGCCCUCCAGGUCCCCAAGGUUUGAGAGGUUAUCCAGGAAUGGUGGGACCCAAAGGCGAGAUGGGACCACGUGGCUAUAAAGGCAUUGCUGGACUAAUCGGCAUCCCUGGACGCCCUGGUGAGGAGGGACCCCAAGGACCACCUGGAGAGCCUGGACAAAAAGGUGACAUUGGAGAACGUGGCAUACGUGGACCUCAGGGAGAGGUCGGAAAGAAGGGAGAGAAUGGUCUUCCUGGAAUUGAUGGAAAAGAUGGUACACCUGGCAUCCCAGGAAUAAAGGGGGCUGCAGGUCAAAACGGCAGACCUGGAGCACCUGGUAACCAGGGAGAUCCUGGUUUACCUGGUAGCCCUGGAACCAAGGGUGAAAGGGGAGUCAAGGGUGAGACAGGACCCAGAGGCCUGAUGGGAAUGCAAGGAAUUCCUGGACCUCAGGGUGAGCCCGGUCCUCCAGGUGAAGCUGGCAUGGAGGGAGUUCCAGGGCCAAAGGGUGACAGGGGCGAACGAGGACCAGUUGGGCCAUCUGGGAUCAUUGGUUUGCCUGGAAGUAAGGGAGAGAGAGGGCCCAUGGGCAUCCCAGGGGCUCAGGGUCUAACUGGAACAAAGGGUGACAAGGGAUUCCAAGGCAAAGUGGGGGAGAAGGGCGACAUCGGUGAUCCUGGUGUAGAGGGUCUGGCUGGAGAAAAGGGAGAGAAGGGACAAUCUGGUGAGCCUGGUCCUAAAGGUCAGCAAGGUGUAACUGGUGAUCCAGGGCACAACGGCUUCACCGGAGAUCCCGGAAAACCAGGAGACCAGGGUCCGGCAGGCUUACCUGGUCCACGUGGCCUUGCAGGAGAGAGAGGCGUUCCAGGCAUGCCAGGAAUACUAGGACCAACCGGUCGCGACGCUUCGGAUCAGCACAUCAUCGACGUGGUCCUGAAGAUGCUUCAAGAGAGGUUAGCUGCAGUAGCAGUGAGUGCUAAGAGAGCAGUGCUGGGCGGAGCGGGCGUGAUGGGACCUCCAGGUCCUCCAGGACCACCAGGACCCCCUGGACCUCAGGGUCCUCAUGGACUAACUGGUGCCCGUGGCAUCCCUGGCAUGAUCGGUGCCGCAGGACAGAUAGGCAACCACGGCCUUAAAGGAAAGAGAGGUGCUAAGGGGGAGAGAGGGGAUCCUGGUCGACCACACCCUGGCCCACCGGGACAACCUGGAUUGCCAGGUCCUCCGGGUCUUGAUGGUGUGGCACGGGACGGUAGGCCCGGUGAGCGAGGACCACAGGGUGUAGCGGGUGACGCAGGCCGUCCUGGAAAGGCCGGUUCUCCUGGUCUCCCUGGAUUCUGUGAAGCGGCUGCAUGUUUGGCGGCCUCCGCCUAUACUUCUCCAAGACUCCAAGAGGCAGGAACAGUGAAGGGCCCAUCAACUUAAACCAAACCCUCUACUGGGGCCACGAGAACAUCUGAGAAAGAGAGAACCAUGACGAAAGGGGGGAGAUAUAGUGGGAGGCAUGGAAAGAGGAGAACGUCUCUUCAUUGGACACCAUUGUGAGGGGGGAGGGAACAGUUGUUGCCUGGCAUUGGGGAUGUUUGUGUGUAGGAUUGUGUUUGUGUGAUUUCUACCGGAGGCAAUGUUGGUCGCUACUGCUCUGUCCCCACCGCACACUAUAGAUGUGAGAACACUGCCGAUGACAUCACCGGUGACAUCAUCAUCAACACGUGCCCUGGACUAGAAGAACUGUGAGAAUGCUAUUCAACCAAAGGUGCUGUUUUUAUGAUCCACAUAAAAAAAAGAAAAACAGGGAUGACACCAAGAUUUUUAAGUGCCAAGCAAUUCCCUUAUAACUAAAACAAUCAAAAUGAUUUAAAGCUAGUCUAUAUAUUUCAUUAAUAAAGUUACAUUGUGAACUUCAGAGAUCAGCUUCCAAGACUCGAGUUACCUCAUGUGUACAUUAUGUCCCUGUUUGUACUGUAUCUGUCUGUGCCAUAAACAAAUGCCUUUGAUCUUUUAUUCUAGGUGAGAUGGCGGUAUUUUCUUAUUGACUUUGUUCUUGAUUCCAUGCUGUAAAUCUUUGUAAAUGUGUAUUAAUUUUGUGAGAACAGGGUGGGGUUUAGAAUUUAAAACAGAGGUCCCGAGUUAAUAAAUUUAAUCUGCAUUCAUGAUCCAACGUCAAACAGGUUCAACGUUCUGACUUUUUGGUACACCUGUAUGCCACUUUACCAAGAUGAUGUGUGUUAUGUUCAAAACAAUAGAGAACUGAUUAUCUUCAUUAAAUACUAUUUAUUGUUCUUUAUUUGGUUCCUCUGUAAACUCUCAAGUGUUCUUUUUUUGCCUGGUUGUGCAGAAUUACUCAAAUAAAG